AAGGUUUGGUUCUCUUUGUUUUCAUCUGUUUUCAUUUUUACAGUUUCAAUUAAAUUAGGCUGUCGAUUUAAUUGCUGGCGAUUGGGAUUCUUGACAUCUAUAGGCAUCCACAAAUUUAAUCAUCAUUCUCGACUACACCACUAACAACCGCUUCUAAUCAUAAAAUAACACCAGAGUGUAUAAUUAUUAUAAGGUUUUACCAAUUGAGAAGCUUUUACAACAUUUAUGAUCUCUUUUUAUUUACCUUGUGAUUAACCAUCAUUUUAAAGCAAAUUGAAUUCAUCGGGCAAUUCAAAGACAAUCGGAUAUUCACUGGAAUAAAUUUUCAACUCUUUAUCACGGAACUUGUUACCUGUUAUACAGUAAAUAAGCAAGAAAAUGGCUCUUAAAAGAAUUAAAAAAGAGCUUGAAGACUUGAAAAGAGAUCCUCCAGCUCAGUGCUCAGCUGGGCCUAUUGGAGAUGAUUUAUUCCAUUGGCAAGCGACUAUCAUGGGUCCAUCCGAUAGUCCGUACCAGGGUGGCAUUUUUUACUUGACAAUCCACUUUCCUACCGAGUAUCCAUUCAAGCCACCAAAAAUAUCCUUUACCACAAGAAUUUACCAUCCAAAUAUAAAUAGCAAUGGAAGUAUUUGUUUGGAUAUCCUCCGAUCUCAAUGGUCACCAGCCUUAACAAUAUCCAAGGUUCUUCUUUCCAUCUGUUCUCUCCUUUGUGAUCCCAAUCCGGACGAUCCUUUGGUACCAGAGAUUGCUCGUCUUUAUAAAAAUGACCCGGAAAAAUACUGUGAAAUGGGACGAGGUUGGACUCGUAAAUAUGCCAUGUGAAUAAUCUGGAAGUACUCAUAUUAAAUUUGCCCCUGGCUAGUACCUAUUAAAACUGCAGGAGGGAAAGCUUUGAAUCAGAGAUCAAUUAAUAGCUUUUAUCUGACCAUUUUUGCUAAUUAAUUUUAAUUUUCCAUCAAUUGCUUGUAUCUAAUACUACUACACCUUCAUCCAUCCAAUUCAGUGUGGCAACAGUAUUAUUCACUGCUCGUAAAAUCUUGCUACGCACAUCUAAAAAACCAUUUCAUUUACCACAUUUAUGUCCUACAAGCUUUUUUGUAUAAUUAUUGUGAUUCUAAUUUUGUGUGUGAUCGGUCUUGCUGAUAUUUACUGAGGAAAGAUCAUCAAUUCAACUAACAAUGCGGACUGAUUUAGUUCAAAUUUAUGUUUGACUUUUUAAUUGUAAAUGUUUCUACAUUAUAUUUGUUUUUUUGUUUAAAAAAA